AUGGAGAUCCCAGCAGUUCAGACAGAGCGAGAAGACAUCACCUCUGAAAAAAUGGCCCAGACAAACCCUCUUCCUGUUCCUCUGGGACCCUGGAAGAUUACAGUGUAUGACCAAGAGAACUUCCAAGGAAAGAGAAUGGAAUUCUCCUCCUCCUGUGCAAACAUCAUGGAGUGUGGCUUUGAUAACAUUAGAUCUCUGAAAGUGGAAUGUGGAGCAUGGAUUGGAUAUGAACACACAAGCUUCUGCGGUCAGCAGUUUGUCCUGGAGAGAGGAGAGUACCCCCGUUGGGAUGCUUGGAGCGGCAGCAAUGCCUACCACAUUGAGCGCCUGAUGUCUUUCCGCCCAAUCUGUUCUGCUAACCAUAAAGAAUGCAAGCUGGUCAUCUUUGAAAAAGAGAAUUUCAUUGGGCGCCAGUGGGAGAUGUGUGAUGACUACCCCUCUCUGCAGGCUAUGGGCUGGGGAAACAAUGAAGUUGGAUCCAUGAAAGUUCAGUGUGGAGCCUGGGUGUGUUACCAAUAUCCCGGUUACCGUGGCUACCAGUACAUCCUGGAAUGCGACCACCAUGGAGGUGAAUACAAGCACUGGAGAGAGUGGGGAUCCCACGCCCAGACUUUCCAAAUCCAGUCUAUCCGACGCAUCCAGCAGUAAAAGGCCAAGACGCUCCUGUCACCUACCAUUGCCGUGCUAGUGAGAGAUCACUGUUCACAGGCUUUCUGUGGUGCUACCAAUCUCUUUUAAUUAUAAUCUAGAGGAAACAGAAUUCUUUUAUUGUACUGUGAAUGCACGUUGGGAAAAUUACUUCUUAAUUGUACCAACUGCGAAAAUGAAA